AUGGCGAGCGACCCUGAAGGGGACGUGAACAAGCCCAAGUGCACGGUACCGUUUCCCGACCCAGAGCCCGGAGCUUCGCUGGAGGCCUUCAUGCAAGGCAUGGGCGUAGCCCGCCCAGAGGUGCUCAGAGGGACUUCCGCGCAUCAUGCGCUGAGCGGCUUCGGUUCAGCCUUCCGCAGGAGCCGGCCGGAGCUCUUCGAGAGGAGCCGGCAAGUAGAGAAGCUCCAGCAGUUUUGGUCGCACAGCUGGCGUGAGAGCCCUUGGAAGAAGAUCUUGACUCUCCUGGUGGCCUUUAAUGGUCCCGCCGCGCUGGUGGCUGGGCACUUGGCGGCCUUGACGGCCAUGCUGCUCGUAGGUGCAGGGGCCUUUGGAGUCAUCGAGCACCCCUUCACCGGCGAAGGAAUACAUCUGUAUUGCCAAUGUGCAGGAUUUGUGGGAAUGGCGCUGGGCUUUCUGCUGUGGCGGCCACAUCACUGCAUCUUCCUGGAUACGAUUUGUAUCCACCAACAAGAUCCCGACUGGAAAUCCAAUGCCAUCAUCAGCAUGGGAGGCUUCCUGAGACUCUCCCAAGAGCUGCUGAUCCUUUUGGACGAGACAUAUACUCAACGUUUAUGGUGUGUCAUUGAGCUGGCUGCCUUCAUCAAGAGCCGAGAGGGUGAAGCAACAAAAGCUGUGAAAAUCCGGGCCACCUGUGUAGGGCCUGCGGUCGUGGCUUUCUACUUGAUGAGCGCUUUGUUCCACUUUGUGACUACCAUGUGCCCUAGCUUUGACGUGCCGCCGCUAGCCUGGGUCUCUGGCAUUGCUCCGCUCAUUUUCCUCUACUUGGCGGUUGACCUCCUGCGUCGAUAUCAUCGAGAAAAGCAUGCCGCCCACGAGCAUUUGAAGGCCUUCCAGCUGCGGCAAGCCCUGUGCUACUGCUGCUCUGUGAACCACGUGAAUCCGAGUGGCACUCGCAUGCCGGUUUGUGAUCGCGCGGUUCUGACUGCGCUGGUCGAAAGCUGGUUUGGCUCGGUGGAAAGCUUCGAGCGCCAAGUGCAGGGAGAUGUGGCCCGCCAGUUUGCGGAGCAGUUGGGCACCCACAGUUUUUCCUACCCCUUUGCCAUGGCAUUCGGCAGCAGCGCCUUCUUCUACUCGAUGGAGGAAGUGGGAUGGGCCAUUCAGGAUGGCAGCUGGUCAGACCGCUUGUAUCUCCUUCUUCCCGCCCUGGUCUGGCUGCUGGCUGCAGGCCCCUUGCUUAUUGUUUGUGCCGAGUUGAUCACCAUGCUGCUCCAGACAAAGCGCAAGGGCUGGCGCGAACCAGCAGCGAACGUUGUGGGGACCCUGCUGCUGAUGCUGGUCUUUGCCGCCCUUACGGUCAUGACCAACCUCCCCAGGGAUGGCGUGCCCUUCGACUCUGGAGGCCCCUUCAAGAAGGGAGAAUUCAUGUGCCGCAAAUUCCUCUUUGAGCUUGCGGUACUGUCUGCCUUCAACCUCUUGGCAUGGAAUGCCAAGACUGUUUGUGCGGCACCUGUGGUGCCCUUACAGCUCACGCCCCGGAAGCCGCCCGGCCUGGGCCCAGUGCUGGAGACACCUGAAAGGAAGAGCUUGAGCCCAGUGCUGGAGACCCCGGAGAGGCCAGAGUUCUUUUCCGCAGCCUUUCAAAAGUUGACACCUGCCAAGUUCCCCCUGGGCAAGCUCUCGACGGAGCAUCAGCCUGGAAAGGUUGAGGAGUUGAAGGAGGGUGUUUGGCCGCGAGGCCUGUUGCCAGUGCGGGCGGGAUUGCAGCCGAUGGAGGAGCCGCAUCUCCAUCGCGUGCCCCUGGCGGAGCUUCUGCCGGAGCCCACAGACGCCCGCAAGGCUUGGCUCGCGUCACAGGUGCAUGAGAUGUGCCAGCGGGGCGCGAAGAUGUCCAAGCCCGGCCAGCCAUGCGAAGGCGAUUUAGAGAAGGAUGACAAGGUCACGGAGACGCCCCAGGGCAACUUGAUCAUCGAGUUCCUUCUGCGGAAGGCAGAUGACGAGGAGGUCGGCAUGAAGGUGUCCCACCAGGGCAACCAGCCUCCGCUGAAGGUGGUGGCGAUCAAGUCUACGGGAGCCAUCCCCUCGUGGAACAAGCUGUGUGCUGGCAGCUGGGAGCCGGGCGGCCCCAGCGCCGAUUUGAAUGAGAUCCUGCCUAUGGCGGCGUUUCUGCUCUUCCUGAAGUGGGCCGCGAUUUCUACGGCCUCCGUGUGUUCCAUGGCAUGGCUCGCGCCCAACGACCUCGGCUCGUCGGUGCAAAAUGCGGUCAGGGCCUCGCGACGCCAGUGGAUGUCUUUGAUGACAGCUGCGGCGCCGCUUUUCCCCGCGCACGCCAGUGCAGCAUCUGUGACCCUCACGGCCAAGUUAUGCUCAGAUAAGAAGUGCGAGCGCCAGUUCAAGAGCAUUGACAAGGCCAAGGUUCCCCUGGGCGUUUGCUCCUUCUCGGAGGAGGACCAAGCCGCGGUCUUCUACGAGUGCAAAGACAACUCCAAGCUGCACUUCCGGCUGUAUUUCGCAAAGACGAACUGCGACUCUACUCCUACCGCCGACAUCGACAUUGUCAGCGGCCAAUGCGCAGUGCUGGGGAACCUCGCCAGUGGGAUUUGGACUUGGUCGGGAGGUUGUGGGCAGCCAUGA